AUGAAGAGAUAAGAGUUAGGAUUGUAACUGCCAUGUGCCUGGGGGAAGAAUUGUAUACCAACAAUGACAAUCUACAACAAGGCUUGGAAUUUCCCAAAGGAGAAGGUGAUCAUCUAAGUGUCACAUACACUAUGAUGUCUCAACUGUACACGGCAGGCGAUAAAAUCACACCAUCUGUAAUUAAGAGAAUUUUUAGAGCAGAAGCUAUGGCGGUUGUUAGAGACAAAGAGUACAUGGGAAUAUGGCAGCUCUUUGCACUCGCUGAUAUGCUAGGAAGCACAGUCUUUUCUGUUUAUCCAGACUUGGGGGGACCAGUACCCAAAGCAGUAUUAGGUCGGGAAAUCAACCCUCUUGUUCUGCGACAUAGGAAGCCUCUGUUCAUUAUGUGGACAUCCACUAGAGAAGAUCUACAAAAGGAAAAUUGGAUACCAAACCACUUUGUUCCUCUCAUCCAAGUUUGUGGUCGGAAUGAGAAUUUCACAGAUGACUCUGAUGAAAAUAUUGAGUUGGAUGACAGUCUCCUGGAUACAUUGCUUCAGACAGUUACUGAUUCACAGGAGAUGGAAAGCCCAAUACCAGUAAUAGCCUGUUCACAGGAGCUGGAAAGUCCAAUACCAGUGAUAGCCAGUUCACAGGAGAUGGAAAGUUCAAUACCAGUGAUAGCCAGUUCACAGGAGAUGGAAAGUCCAAUACCAGUGAUAGCCAGUUCACAGGAGAUGGAAAGUCCAAUAAUAGCCUAUCAGGGAAACCAUCAUUCACGGUCUUUGGAAAGUCCAAUAACAGCAAUUUCACAGGCAAUGGAAAGUCCAAUAGCCAGUUCACAGGAGAUGGAAAGUCUAAUAGCCAGUUCACAGGAGAUGGAAAGUCUAAUGGCCAGUUCACAGGAGAUGGAAAUUCUAAUGGCCAGUUCACAGGCAAUGGAAAGCCCAAUAGCCAGUUCACAGGAGACGGAGAGUCCAAUAAAAGCCUAUCAGGGAAACCAACAUGUCCAGAGUCCAGCAAUCAUUGAUGAUGAGAAUUUAGCAAGUGUGGGUGAACAGAAUCAAGCAACCAUGGACAACAGGUGCAGGAAUGGCCGUUUGUCUCAUUCUUUGAGAAGAAAAGAGGGGGUUGGGUGAUGGGUUCAUUAAAGCAUGCCAUCAUCACCGCUGAUAUUUUAUCUAAAUUGGACCCCCCACAAAUUGAGAUGUAUGGAUCCAGAAUGUUAUACAAAUUUGAAAUGGUGUGAAGAUGAGAACAGAAGAAAUAAUGAAAUUCAUAAAUUGGAAAUAAACUUUUGAAGAAAUACAUAAAAA